UAUUUUUAAGGCGGAGAUUGAUUAGUACGGGUGUCAGGGGUUAUGGGGAGAAUGGGGUUGAGAGGGAAAGAUCGAUCAGCUAUGAUUGAAAGCGGAGUAAACUCAAUGGGCUGAAUGGCCUAAUUCUGCUCCUACGGAAACAUGAAUGAAUACAUCUGUAAUGCUGCUGCAAGUAAGACUUGCGUUAUUCCGUUUCAUAGAAACAUAGAAAAUAAGUGCAAGAGUAGGCCAUUCGGCCCUUCGAGCCUGCACCGCCAUUCAAUAUGAUCACGGCUGAUCAUCCAAUUUCGGUACGUAUGACUUUGAACGCUCUCUUAACUCUUGAAUUUACUGAGUUAACCCACCAACCCGCACGUCUUUGGGAUGGAACUGGAGGACCCAGAGGAAAACCGAUGGGCCAAAUGGCCUAAUUCUGCUCCUUUGACAGAUGGAGCCCACGCGGUCACGGGGAGAGCGUGCAGACUCACUCCACACAGACUAAUGCUGCUAAUGUUGCAAGAAGCUGAAGGGACAGCACGCAAUGAUGACUGUGGUAAGCAGGGUGGGACAAGGGGGUCAGAUUGCUGGGGCCAUUUGGAGUCUUUCUUGGAAAUAGUACUUCAGUGAGACUCAUUUCAGACUCCGGAUCAGAUGGCCAGUGGAAGCAGGCAGUAUUGAAUCAUUCAAAUACUAAAUGUUUCAGAAAACCGCAUUGUGUGAUACGUGUUAGUCAUAUGAAGACGCAUGGAAAGAUGAAACAGUGGAAAGAGACAAUCUUUCAGGUCUGUGACCCUUCCCCAGAACAGGGGAAGAGGGAGAUACAAGUUAGUUUUCGAUAGGAGAGAGUGCAGGGUAGGCUGGGGUGGGGUGGGGAGUGGGUAGCACCAAGAAAAAGCCCCUGAUAAGGACAAGAUGAAUGGGUUCCUGGCUAAAUUCAUCUUGUGUUUAGUUCCCCAGACCAAGUUCAAGUGUCAAGAGUGUUUGAUUCCCGGAUAAGACUAUGAAAUUCUUAAUUACUGCAGUGCAACAGAAUAAGUGAAUAUGUAAACACAGUGCAUAACGGGGAAGAGAAAAAAAAAGAAAAAGAAAAAGUUCAAUAAAGUUCUUGGUCUGUCUAAUAUAUUCUUUAGGCUAAAGCAUUUUACGGAAGACCGGAGAGUCUGAAAAAGGGUCCUGGCCCGAACUGUCAUAGUUUAGUUUAGUUUAGAGAUACAGCGUGGAAGCAGGCCCUUCGGCCCACUGAGUCCGCCCUGUCCUGCAAUCCCCGUACACCGGCACUAUCCAACACACUAGGGACAGUUUGCAAUCUUUACCAAAACCAAUUAACCUAUAAACCUACACGUCUUUGGAGCGUGGGAGGAAACCGGAGCACCCGGAGAAAACCCACGUGGUCACAUGGAGAACGUACAAACUCCGCACCAAUUGUUAGGAUCAAACACGGUCUCUGGCGCUGUGAGGCAGCCACUCUACCGCUGCGUCACUGUGCCAAACUCGAAUCAUCUGUCUCCGUUUCCUCUACCGAUGCUGCCAGACACAUUUAGUUCCUCCAGCACUUUGUGUUUUGCUCAAGGUGGGACCCGCGCUGUUGUUUGUGAAAAAAUUGGGAUGUAAAUGUGGAAGAAAUAAACUUAAUCUAAAUUAAAUCAAUUAGCCUGUACAUGGUCCAUUCCCCUGUAUUUACUAUCUGUUCGUGUGUCUAAGUGCCUCUUAAAUGUUGCUAUUGAAUUAUAUUAUUUCCACCUUCCCAAUCAGCACAUUCCAAGCACCAACAACUCUGUGUAUUGUCUUGCAAAUCUCCUUUAAACUUUUCCACUCGUCUUAAAGGGCACGUCCCACUUUCACGACCUAAUUCACGACCUCUGCCGACGACUCGUGACGACUCGCAGCAUGGUCGUCACUAGGUCGUAGGAGGUCGUAGGUAGGUCGUGAUGCUAGUCGUGGGUACUCGUGGCAUCAAGUAGGUCGGGGCGUUUUUCCAGCCUGAUGAAAAAUGUCCACAAGUAAAAAAGGUGGUGAAUUAGGUCUUGAAAGUGGGACACGCCCUUAACGCUGUGCCCUCUAGUGUUUGACAUUUCCAUCCUGAGAAAAUAAGACUCCGACUUUCUAUCUUAUCUAUGUCAGGGCGCCACGAUGGCACAGCAGUAGAGGUGCAGCCUCACAGCGCCAGAGACACGGGUUCGAUCCUGACUACGGGUUCAAAUACAAGGAUGGAGUUAAAGGGAAAGCGAGUAUAGGAAAAGUUAUGAAUGACACCAGAAUUAACGGGGCAGAAAGCUCACGAAGGGAUAGGAGAGUAUGGUCAAGUGAAAUGGGAAUCGAUGUGAAAGGUGAGGUGAGUAAUGGAUUAAAAGUAUUAUAUAUGAAUGCACAAAAUAUAAGAAGUAAAGUGGAUGAGCUUGAAGCUCAGUUAGACAUUGGUAGAUAUGAUAUUGUGGGGAUUCCAGAGACAUGGCUGCAGGAGGAUCGGGACUGGGAACUGACUAUUCAGGGAUAUACGUCCUAUAGAACGGACAGGCAGGUGGGCAGAGGAGGUGGGAUAGCUCUGUCGGUGAGGGAUGAAAUUCAGUCCCUUGCGAGGAGUGACAUAGGGACUGACGAGGCAGAGUCGCUGUGGAUAGAAUUGAGGAAUUGUAAAGGGAAGAAGACACUAAUGAGAGUUAUCUACAGGCCCCCAAACAGUAGCCUGGAUAUAGGGUGUAAGUUGCAGCAGGAGUUAAAAAUUGGCAUGUAACAAAGGUAAUGAAUACCAUUGUGGUUAUGGGAGAUUUCAACAUGCAGGUAGACUGGGAAAAUCAGGUUGGUUCUGGACCCCAGGAAAGGGAGGCGUUGAGUGCCUCCGUGAUGGAUUCUUAGAGCAGCUUGAACUGGAACUUACCAGAGAGAAGGUAGUUCUGGAUUUAGUGUUGUCUAAUGAACCAGAUUUAAUAAAGGGAACUCAAGGUAAAGGAACCGCUAGGAGGUAGUGACCAUAAUAUGAUAAGGUUUAAUCUGCAAUUUGAGAGGGAGAAGGUUAAAUUCGAAAUGUCAGUGUUGCCGUUGAAUAAAGGGGACUAUGAAGGCAUGAGAGAGGAGCUGGCCAAGGUCGACUGGGAAACGAUCCUAGCAGGAAUAACGUUGGAACAGCAAUGGUAGGAAUUCCCGGGCAUAAUCCAGAAGAUGCAGGUUUAUUCUAAGGGGAGUAGGAGGCAACCGUGGCUGACAAGGGAUGUUAGGAAUGGUCUUCAGACCCGACUUCAGAAGGGUCUCGACCCGAAACAUCACCCAUUCCUCCUCUCCAGAGAUGCUGCCUGUCCCGAUGAGUUACUCCAACAUUUUGUGUCUACCUUAGUGUGAGGGGUGAUCGCUGGUCGGCACGAACAUGGUGGGCAGAAUGGCUUGUGUCUCUAAACAUUAAAGACUAGAUGGCACACUGAUCUACCAGACUGCAGGCACAAGGGGUUUCUUGUAAGGGAAGGGGGUGGAAAGCUUCCUUCCUGCUGCUUAGAAGGGCGCUAUACAAAUGCAUCUUGAUUAUGGGGCUGUAAACUGAGAGAAAGAUGCAGCGGGCACUAGGACCUGGAGGGCGCUGUCAGACAGACAGAGAGAGAGAGGAGAGGACCGCCCCGAGUUAGAAGGGAGCCGGUUGAAGCCUCUGUGUUACACUGCGGCGGCGGAGAGAAGGGGAGGAGAGGAGAGGAGAGGGGAUGGCGAAGAGCAGCCGGCGGUCUCCGCUAAGCUCCUGCGGCCAGAGAGACGGCAGAGCACUGCAGUGAGAGACGGAGACACAGACGGAGACACAGACGGAGACACAGACGGAGACACAGACAGGGACACAGACAGGGACACAGACAGGGACACAGAGGGACGGCGCCGCUUCCAGCCAUUCUGCUACCAGAAUCCAGCCAUGAAACAACGGCUCGCUGAUAUCAUGAGACUGAGCAGAAAGUGCCGCAUGCUGCUCGCCACUUGCCUGGGAUCACUCAUACUCGUCAUCUUUUAUUUCCAAAGUAUGUUACAUCCAGUGAUGCGCCGGGCGCCGUUUGGGAUGGACAUCUGCUGUAGGAAAGGAUCGCGGAGCCCCCUGCAGGAACUCUACAAUCCGACCCAGUAUGAAUUCUCCAGCACGGAAGUGGCGCAUCAGAUACGGAGGAACCAGGUGGCGCAGAUGUGUCGGGCGAACAGCGCCAGGAGUCGAAAGCGGCGAGUGUUGACCCCCAACGAUCUGAAGCACCUGGUGGUGGACGAGGACCACGAGCUGAUCUACUGCUACGUGCCGAAGGUGGCCUGCACGAACUGGAAGAGGGUGAUGAUGGUGCUGACAGGGCAGGGCCGGUACGGCGAUCCCAUGGAGAUUCCCGCCAACGAGGCCCACGUGCCGUCCAACCUGAAAACCCUCAACCAGUACAGCAUCUCAGAGAUCAACCACCGCUUAAAAAGCUACCUGAAGUUCAUGUUCGUGCGCGAACCCUUCGAGCGGCUGGUGUCGGCCUACAGGAACAAGUUCACCCGCAGGUACAACACCUCCUUCCACAAGCGCUACGGCACCAAGAUCGUGCGGCGGCAGCGGAAGAACGCCACGCGGGAGGCCCUGCGCAGCGGCGGCGACGUGAAGUUCGAGGAGUUUGUGGGCUACCUCGUCAACCCCCACACGCAGAGGGAGGAGCCCUUCAACGAACACUGGGAGACCGUCUCCUCCCUGUGCCACCCCUGCCACAUCCACUACGACCUGAUCGGCAAAUACGAGAGCCUGCAGGAGGACGCAAACUAUAUCCUGCGCUUGGCCGGAGUGGACAAGUUGGUCAAGUUCCCCACCUACGCCAAGUCCACCAGAACUACAGAUGAAAUGACGGCACAGUUUUUCCAAAACAUCAGCUCAGCUUUCCAAACUCAGCUGUUCAAUCUCUACAAAUUAGAUUUUGUCAUGUUCAAUUAUUCCGUGCCAAAUUACCUGAAAUUGGCAUGAGAAAUGGCCGCUGGUUUAUUUAAGGUUUUAUUUGUUAUUAUAAUGGCAUAGAAAGAUUUUCUUCUGUAAAUUUAAUGAAGAUUUGCAUCCUUGCUGCGAGCAGUAAGGGUCGGAAUUAUUUAAGUAACUUUGUAAGAAAUUAUCUCUCUCUCUCUCUCUCUCUCUCUCUUUCUCUCUUUCUCUCUC